UAGUUAUUAAGGGUGGACUCGAAUAGUUUUGUUGUCCGCCAGCCUGUUUUGGUUUUUAUUCUUUGAUUGACCACACAAUUGAAGAUACUUUUGGUGGCAUGUGGAGAAACAAGCUCUUUGGGUGUUGCUCUUUGGGGUCAACAAAGAGUUCUGUGUCACUCUUGAGUAACACAGAACACAUCGUACAAGCAAGAAGGCUCACUUUGUGCUCAACAUUGCUUGAAUAAUCUGUUGCAAGGAGAGUAUUUCAGCCCCGUGGAGCUGUCUUCCAUCGCACGGCAGCUGGACGAAGAGGAGAGGAUGAGGAUGGCGGAAGGAGGGGUUACCAGUGAGGACUACCGCACGUUUUUACAGCAGCCCUCGGGAAAUAUGGAUGACAGUGGUUUUUUCUCCAUUCAAGUUAUAAGCAAUGCCUUGAAAGUAUGGGGUUUAGAACUAAUUCUCUUCAACAGUCCAGAGUAUCAGAGGCUCAGGAUCGAUCCCAUAAAUGAAAAAUCAUUUAUAUGCAAUUACAAAGAACACUGGUUUACAGUUAGAAAAUUAGGAAAACAGUGGUUCAACUUGAAUUCUCUCUUGACGGGUCCAGAAUUGAUAUCAGACACAUACCUUGCACUUUUCUUGGCUCAAUUACAACAGGAAGGUUAUUCUAUAUUUGUUGUUAAGGGUGAUCUGCCCGAUUGUGAAGCUGACCAACUUCUACAGAUGAUCAGGGUCCAACAGAUGCAUAGACCAAAACUCAUCGGAGAAGAAUUGGCACAACUAAAAGAACAGAGAAUCCAGAAAACAGAUCUGCAACGAGUCUUAGAAGCAAAUGACGGGUCAGGCAUGUUAGAUGAAGAUGAGGAAGAUUUGCAGAGGGCACUGGCCCUGAGUCGCCAAGACAUUGACAUGGAAGAUGAAGAAGCAGAUCUCCGCAGGGCGAUUCAGCUCAGUAUGCAAGGUAGUUCCAGAAAUGUAUGUCAAGAGAUUCCACAGACAUCAGGUACACAUCUUACUUCAGAAGAGCUACGGAAGAGAAGAGAAGCCUACUUUGAAAAGCAGCAGCAGCAGCAGCAGCAGGACCCACCGGCACAGCUUUCCCACCCGUGUGAGAAGCCAACCACAAGUUCAGGUGCACUGGGCAGUGAUCCAGCAGGAGAUGCUAUGAGUGAAGAAGACAUGCUUCAGGCGGCUGUGACCAUGUCUUUAGAAAUUGUUAGAAAUAAUUUCAAAACGGAAGGGAAAAAAUAAUACCUUUUAUAAAUCAUUUAGACAUUCAUUCUUUCCAACAUUAUCCUGGGUGAUUACAGCAUAGAGGGUCCAUUUUAGUAACGUGUCAAAGAAACAAUGUUCAACAGAGGAAAUAAGAUUUAAGGCGGUUUGCAACAAAAAGAUGAGAAAGUGGAAAAAUGUGCCAGUUGUAGGACUAAAUAAUGACCCUCCAGACACUAGCCAAAGAGGCAUUUAGCAAUUAAAGAAAUUUAAAAUAGUUUUCUAAAUGUUCCUUUUCUUUCCAAGUGUGCAAUAUCUAACAUGUCUCAAGUUAGGGCAUUUUUCUUGGAUCUUUUUGCAAACCAACUAAUUAGCUCUUGCGCAGAAUUUUUUCCAUACGUUUUCUUUUAAUCCUUUCAGCUCUGGUCAGUUGGCUCCCUUUUUCAUCAUCUCUUAGUUGCUUUUAUCUCUCAUUAACCAAGUUAACCUUUUAGGACAGUGUCUCUUUUCUGUGUGGAUAGUAGUAAUGGUUCCAGAAGGAUUAGCUGCUUUCCCUCCAGUUACGUAGUGUGCCCUGCCCUUGGAUGUUUUCUGCUGUUACUUUCUCUGAUCACAAUUUCUUGGGGACUUGGUUUUCCUUACUUUUCUACAACUCUUUUGAAAGAUGGUAAUCUUUCUUGAGGUUUUGCUUUCUAAGCCCUCUACGAUGGGAUCAUUGUUUCAUGAUUCGGAAGCAUUCCUACACUCUGAAAUCAACUCUGUACAAGUAUUUGAGAAUUUUUUAAUGAUAUGAGCACAUCCUUUUCCAGAUGCUUUUUGAAUGUCUUCUCAAUUAUGUCAGACCUUUUACAGCUUUGCUGUAACCCUUUCUCUGGCGCCUUGGUUUUUCCUUGUCUUCUCCAAUUGAGAAAAAUAGGGAGAAGCAUAAUAUGCAAGCACGUUUCCUUCUGUGUAAGACUUAACAAGUAAUACCCACCAUGAAUGUAUGAGACAAAGUUUGGCUUUUGAUUUAGUUGCGGUUUCAUUUUCUUCUCUCCUGUGCCUGGAGCUGUCCGUUGUGGAGCCACAGGGCGUAGACAUCUGCCUCUGCUGUACAUCAUGUAGCGGGAUAGAUAGCUUGCUGGAGAUGAUAGUCUGGAACACGAAAAUAAUCUACUAACAAAAAUAUAUUCAAAUUUAUACUAUGACUUGACACUCGCAUCAUGUUUAAAUAGCUAAAGAAUUAGAGAAGUCACACAGUAGUCACUGGGUCUGUAAAUACAAAAGUCUUUAGUUUUGAUAAACAUUCUUUAAUUGGGAUGCACAGAGAGUUUGUUGCUGGGUCAAUACAGUCGUAUGAUUUUGGUGAAAAUUAACUGUCUCUGUGAAAUGGACAUUUCAGAUUCCAUCACUUAUUCCCCAUCCCUCAUUCUCCAUCCCCCCUUUUGAAGCUCUUUUGAAUGUUGAAUCGUUCAUAAGCUAGGAAAUCGUUCAUAAGCUGAAAAUUAGGAAAUUUCAGCUGACAGCUUAGAACAUUAAAGUAUGAUGUGUUGCCAUGACUAGUGUGUGGCUGUAUACAUUUUAUCAGGGAAAUUUUUUGGAUCUCGGAUUUAUGGCUGAGAAGAAAAGAGAUGAGGAAACGACUUUUUAUCAUUAUGAAGUAGCUUUUUUCUUUUUGUAUAGAGACACAUUAUUUUUAGUCAUUAUUUUGUGCCAAAUAAAGUUUUCUGAAGUUUCCCUUGCACAAUUAGGCAGUUUUCAUUUAAAAUCUUAAGUGUUCUUUUGAGAACUGAAAAGGGUUUCCGUAGGGUCAUGAGACUUCAGAACGGCAGGGACGUUGUUGGGGUUUAGUCCUGCUCUCUCAAGAUUUACAAACCAGGAUAUUUUAAGGCUGAACAUUUCUGUCGUUAUCCCCAGGAAGCUUGUCCUGUUUUUUACGGAUAUUUGGGUUUUACCUUUUCCCAUUGAAAAAUUACAUUUGACUUUCCGUACACUUGAAUGGAUGAGCUGCCUAAUAUAAAAUGAGAAAAGAAAUAUGCAGAAAGUUUUAACCUUAGAGUUUAUAAAGUUGUUCUAUUACACACCUUAAUUAAAGUACUUAAGGAAAUAUAUAGCUUGUUGAUCUUCGUUUAGGGAUUUUUUUUUUUUUAAGCAGAGCUGAGGACACACUGGAUACAUUUGUGAAUGUGUUUAUUUACUUUCUUAUGAUUGUUACAUUCAGCAGGGAGAUCCAGAAUGACUAGGGGACUGCCAAUUUGUUUGAAUUGGCUUAAACUUAAUUUAGAUUCCAUUUCUUAAUCAAUUGGCUAGUAUGAAAAGAUGCCAAUGCCGGUAACUACAGUAUCAGAAAACUUAGUUACACAAAAGUGUAGUUCACACAUCUGGAACUGCUGUUUACUGGCAUAAUCCUGCAAGAAAGUCAGGAACAAUGAAAUUCACAAAAACUGUCCUGCUAAAAACUAUAUAAAGCUUUCCAUUCUGUUUUACUAAUUGGGAACACCUUAAUGUUUAAUAUUUAAACUACCGGUAUCAUUUUUCUAAUGUAUAAGUUGCAUUACCAGGAUAAAAUACGUAUAGUGGUGAUGCUAGUGUUUAAACCGUAAACAAGUUUUGGAAACACCACUUUCAUAUUUUGAGAUGCUAUGGAUUUUAAUAAGUAGGUAUUUAUGUCUUUAAAAUUCACAGCAGUUAAAAAAAACUCAGCAGUUAACCUCUGAUCUAAAACCAUCAAUAAAUACUUUUUAUAGUAAUUAACAUAAAAUAUUUCAAUAAUGCAAUUGUUUGAAAAGAUUGCUGCAGGUAAACUAUUUUAAGAUCGUGGUCAAAUAAUUCACAAUUCACAGAAUAUGUAAGAGGUGCUUUUUUUCUUUAAAACUUGAUUUUUCUUAAUUAAGACUUUAUUCAUGCCAAAGUUAAUAAGGAAAAAAGCUCAAAACUGGUUGAAGAUCAUUAUAGGUAACACUACCAAUAGUCUGUGUUGUUUCAUUUAAUAUUAAGUUGAACAAGGUAAUUUUUAUUCCUGUCAGAGCCUAAAUUACAGUUUUAAUGUCUGCAUGUUUGAUAUUCCUUAAAUAGUACCAUGCGAGUGCCAAGAUUUAUUAAAUGUCUUAAAAAUUGGCCCAUUGGACCCAUGCAGAUUCAAAGAAGACUGAGUCUGUGCAUAAGCAAAAUAAUAGUGAUAGAAAUUAAAAUAUCUACCGUUGAAAUCUAGGUUUUUAAAUUCUCGAAAGGACUCAAUAAUUAAUAUUGAUGACUUCCUAUUAAGUUUAAUUGCAACUGAAAAGCCCAAGUGGCCACUACUCUAAAUUGUUGGUUGUAUCUGAGCCCUAACAAAUAUGGAGAUAUUAUAUAUGUUAUCUUAAUUAAGAAAAACCAGAUUGGAUCAACUAAUCAUUUCAGCGGUGUAGAUAAUUUUUAUAUUUUCAAAUGAAAACUUCCCUUUAUUCCUGGUCCCUUUAUAAACCAGUGUUUUUUUGCUAAAGAAAUGAACUGGCUUGUAUUUUUUAAAGUCUUAUGCUUAACAAAAAUAUUUUGUUCCAUUUUGCUUUCAUGAAUGAAAAGAUGAUUGAUAUGGUUGUUUAAUUCUUGAAAUUUGAUUUUUUUUUUGAAGAAAAUCUAUGCUAUUUUUGUUUUCCCAAAAUGUUCUGGCAUUUUAAGAAUUAAUGCUAAUAACAUCACUUCUAAAUUUACAGUAAUUGGGCUUCCAUGUUUAAUUAAUAAUAGUGUAUCAGUAAAUGUUUUAAGACUGGAUUUGUAGACAAGGAAUGGGAAGCAAUAGUGAAAUAUAUGUGGGAAUUUCUGACUCAUUCAGGGAGCACUCCCCUUGUUUCUUGCAUAGUUCAAAGAUUGAGUGCUUCCAGGGAUUUUUUUAGUUUUUUUUUUUAAAGAGAAGAGCGUCCAUUUGAAUGUGAACAAUAGAAUUUCUACAACACUGGACUACUAGAAAUAACUUUUUAAAAAUUACUGUUGUGUGUAAAUUAUUUGAAAUUCAAGUACAAAACACACCUGAAAAAGCGUUGUCUUUUUGGCCACGACACAAGGGCAGUGCCGUUUGCUCAGGACCCAACUGCGCAGCCCUCUGGGUGUGUUCCUCUCCCUGGACUUCUCCCGCGGUUACCACACACACAGGCCUUCCUGUCUGGUCCUUAGAAAAGCCUGGCUUCCAAAGCACUGUUGAACACUGAGGGUUCUCUUGUACAUGUGGAUGUUCAAUGAGUUGUAUUUUAAAUAUCAAAGAUUAUUAAAUAAAGAUAAUGUUUGCUUUUUUA